UGGCUCUCUCUCUCUUGUCCACACACACUCGGCUCUUUGCUCUUUCCGCUCCAGCUCGGCUCUCAGACGGCCGUCAUCAUGGCUCGCUGCUGGAGUUACUUAAGAGGACUCUCCAUCUGCGUCACUGUGCUGCUGCUGGUGUCUGGUGUUGUGAUGAUCGGUGUUGGAUUCUCAUCAAUUGAAGGAAACGUACCUGUUGCCGAGUUGUUCGACCAGUUAUCGAUUAGCGACGGUGUUUUGGCUCUGCAGGUGUUCGGCCCGAUCACAGUGGUUCUGUCUGUUCUGGGCAUCAGUGCUGCGGUUUCAAACCACAAACUUUUGCUGCUGCUGUUUUCUGCUCUGAUUUUUGUGGAGUUUGUGGCCCUGAUGAUCGUCGCCUCUCCGUUGGUUCACGUUGAAGCCGAGGUGAACUUCGCCGUGGAGGACAUUUUCCUGAACGUUACUCCUCUUCACAGAGCUGAGCGCUUCAUCCAGACGGAGCUGCAGAAACUCCAGACCUCAGAUUCCUGCUGCGGUUUACGCAGUUUUGAGGAUUGGGGGAAUCACCUUCCUGACUCCUGCUCAUGCUCGCCCCCUGCUGGCCUGAGCGCUCACACCAGUAACUCCAGCUCACUGGGAUCCUGUGUGAUGACUGGAACAAACCCUCAUCCUUCAGAUAAACUCUGGGUUCACUCUGAGCCCUGCGGUCCCAUCCUGAAGAGCUACCUGGGAUUCCCCAUCAAACUCCGGAUCGGAAUAAUCUCCGCCUUCGCCACCAUCACGAUAACCGCCAUCGUUCUGUGCCUGGUUCUGGGUCUGGAGGAUCUCUGGAAGAAGCCUCCGGUCGAGACGACGGUCGACGACUUUAACAGAGUCAAAUACCAACCCAAACCUUCCCUCUCCUGACCUCUGACCCCUGAGCCAAACAGGACGAACACUGAUGCUAACAUGUAGCCUUUAAGUGGAGCUAGAGAGAACAACACAGGAAGAGCUGUGAGGUUAUGGACUCAGAACCAGAAACGGGUCAUUUGGACUUUUUGUAGUUUCCACCAUCAUAGCUUUUAAUUUUAGUUUUUCACAGAUUUAUGUGUUUAAACACACAACUGAGAGCACAGGUUAGAAUUUUCUCUGUAAUGUAGAUUCACUCUCCCACUGAUGUUGGGUAGAGUCUCUCUGAUAGUCCAGUGGAUUCGGUUCGAUUUGGGACCAAAGUUAUAACAUUUGUUACGUUUUCAGCUGCUGUUUCUCUUUUACAAACCAACCAAAAAACCUGUUCCCCUCCUCACCUCUAGGGGCGCUGCAAGGAGACCCAUUGAAGGAAACAACAUGAAAUCCACUGCGCGCAACUUCCUUCUUCACAAAAUGAAAACAAAACUGGAGUAGUGUCAGAUUUUAGAGGUUGUAGGAUUUUUCUUUAGUCUUUUACAAAAGACUAUGAGACAUUUCUCCCACUAGCGCUAGGCUAGCAUGUCUGUUUUGGUGUAUUUACCCAGAAUUCCCUGUACUGUAGUCCACUUCCUGCUUUUGGAGCGGUCUCCGGUCCACUUGACGUUCACAUUUGCAUUCAAACCGCAUCAAAGUUAACUUUUUUGUUCAGUUUCGCAUUCACUUCUCUCCAAACAAACCAAACUUUAUGGGACUUUGGAUUUCUCUUCUCCUUCGAAGAACUGGAAGAGUUUAUUCAAAUCAUUUGGUUUCCAGAUAUUUGGUUACCAAAAUUUCUUAAAGUAUGAACCUUUAGGAAUAGUUCAUGCAUUUCUGAUAACUGCACUGCAAAACCACCAAAUGUUACCAAGUUUUUGUCUAGUUUUUAAAAGUCCAAAUUGAUAACUACAUUUAUGAAAACAUAAAGUUCUAAUUAGAACAAUUUGCACAUAAGAUUCAUUUUCUUUAAUCACACGAAUUUCUGUUGUUUCUUUUGUUGUUUUCUUGGGAAAUCUGGUCCUAAAGGGGCUGAAGAGACUCUGGAUCAGGAUUCCUGCUUUUAAUGAUGAUCAUUUUAUAAAUGGGAGCCAGUGUUGAAAAACUGCUUAACCUUAAAAUGUCUCUAUGUUUGCAGAAUAUGUUUUAAAAUUUAAUAUAUAGAAAAAAAUGCUGUCUUCUUUUCUGAAGUGUGCUUUGUAAAUAAAAUGAACUUUAAAGUUAAA